ACAACAAGCACAACUGAGGCUCCUAUAGACAUCACUACUGUAGCUCCUAUGCCCCCCACAAUUGCAACUUCAACUACAACUGUAGCAUCACUUACAACAACAACUGCAGAUGCUUCCACCACCACAAGUGCAGCACCUACUACGUCAAUCACAACUGCAGGUCCUACUAACAUUUUAACUCCAACGACAAGCACAACUGAGGCUCCUAUAGACAUCACUACUGUAGCUCCUUUGAACCCCACAAUUGCAACUUCUUCAACAACUGUAGCUCCAACGAUCACUACAACUGCAGAAGCUCCUACAACAACAACUGUAGCUGCUUCUACAUUUACUACUGCAUCCCCUACUGCAACCACAACAGAAGCUCCUUCUACAACAACUGUAGCACCAAUGACUUUAGGAACAACAGUCCCAACGACAACUGCAGCUAAUUCCUCAACUGUAGCUCCUUCAAUGCCAAUCCCAACUGCAGCUCCUACAACAACAACUCUUGCUCAAUCGACCUCUACAACUUCAGCACCCACUACUUUAUUCACAACUGCAGGUCCUACUACCAUUUUACCUCCUUCGACAACCACAACAACAUCCACUACAACAACUGUUGCUCCUUCAAUGUCAAUCUCAACUGCAGGUCCUACUACCAAUUUAACUCCAACGACAUCCACAACUGAAGCUCUUACAGAAAUCACAACUGUAGCUCCUAUGCCCCCCACAAUUGCAACUUCAACUGCAGCAUCACCUACAACAACAACUGCAGAUGCUUCCACAACCACAGGUGCAGCACUUACUACAUCAAUCUCAACUGCAGGUCCUACUACCAUUUUGACUACUAAGACAAUCACAACUGAAUCUCCUACAGAAAUCACAACUGUAGCUCUUAUGACCCCCACAAUUGCAGCUUCUACUUCAACAACUGUUGCUCCCACGACAACAACUGCAGCAGCUCCUAUAACAACAACUGUAGCUGCUUCCAUAAACGCAACAGCAGAACCUACUACGUCAAUCACAACUGCAGGUCCUACUAACAUUUUAACUCCAACGACAAGCACAACUGAGGCUCCUAUAGACAUCACUACUGUAGCUCCUAUGCCCCCCACAAUUGCAACUUCAACUACAACUGUAGCAUCACCUACAACAACAACUGCAGAUGCUUCCACCACCACAAGUGCAGCACCUACUACAUCAAUCCCAACUGCAGGUCCUACUACCAUUUUGACUACUAAGGCAAUCACAACUGAAUCUCCUAUAGACAUCACUACUGUAGCUCCUUUGAACCCCACAAUUGCAACUUCUUCUUCAACAACUGUAGCUCCAACGAUCACUACAACUGCAGAAGCUCCUACAACAACAACUGUAGCUGCUUCUACAUUUACUACUGCAUCCCCUACUGCAACCACAACAGAAGCUCCUUCUACAACAACUGUAGCACCAAUGACUUUAGGAACAACAGUCCCAACGACAACUGCAGCUAAUUCCUCAACUGUAUCUCCUUCAAUGCCAAUCCCAACUGCAGCUCCUACAACAACAACUCUUGCUCAUUCGACCUCUACAACUUCAGCACCCACUACUUUAUUCACAACUGCAGGUGCUACUACCAUUUUACCUCCUUCGACAACCACAACAACAUCCACUACAACAACUGUUGCUCCUUCAAUGUCAAUCUCAACUGCAGGUCCUACUACCAAUUUAACUCCAACGACAACCACAACUGAAGCUCUUACAGAAAUCACAACUGUAGCUCCUAUGCCCCCCACAAUUGCAACUUCAACUGCAGCAUCACCUACAACAACAACUGCAGAUGCUUCCACAACCACAGGUGCAGCACUUACUACAUCAAUCUCAACUGCAGGUCCUACUACCAUUUUGACUACUAAGACAAUCACAACUGAAUCUCCUACAGAAAUCACAACUGUAGCUCUUAUGACCCCCACAAUUGCAGCUUCUACUUCAACAACUGUUGCUCCCACGACAACAACUGCAGCAGCUCCUAUAACAACAACUGUAGCUGCUUCCAUAAACGCAACAGCAGCACCUACUACGUCAAUCACAACUGCAGGUCCUACUAACAUUUUAACUCCAACGACAAGCACAACUGAGGCUCCUAUAGACAUCACUACUGUAGCUCCUAUGCCCCCCACAAUUGCAACUUCAACUACAACUGUAGCAUCACCUACAACAACAACUGCAGAUGCUUCCACCACCACAAGUGCAGCACCUACUACAUCAAUCCCAACUGCAGGUCCUACUACCAUUUUGACUACUAAGACAAUCACAACUGAAUCUCCUAUAGACAUCACUACUGUAGCUCCUUUGAACCCCACAAUUGCAGCUUCUACUUCAACAACUGUUGCUCCCACGACAACAACUGCAGCAGCUCCUAUAACAGCAACUGUAGCUGCUUCCAUAAACGCAACAGCAGCAUCUACUACGUCAAUCACAACUGCAGGCCCUACUAACAUUUUAACUCCAACGACAAGCACAACUGAGGCUCCUAUAGACAUCACUACUGUAGCUCCUUUGAACCCCACAAUUGCAACUUCUUCUUCAACAACUGUAGCUCCAACGAUCACUACAACUGCAGAAGCUCCUACAACAACAACUGUAGCUGCUUCUACAUUUACUACUGCAUCCCCUACUGCAACCACAACAGAAGCUCCUUCUACAACAACUGUAGCACCAAUGACUUUAGGAACAACAGUCCCAACGACAACUGCAGCUAAUUCCUCAACUGUAGCUCCUUCAAUGCCAAUCCCAACUGCAGCUCCUACAACAACAACUCUUGCUCAUUCGACCUCUACAACUUCAGCACCCACUACUUUAUUCACAACUGCAGGUCCUACUACCAUUUUACCUCCUUCGACAACCACAACAACAUCCACUACAACAACUGUUGCUCCUUCAAUGUCAAUCUCAACUGCAGGUCCUACUACCAAUUUAACUCCAACGACAACCACAACUGAAGCUCUUACAGAAAUCACAACUGUAGCUCCUAUGCCCCCCACAAUUGCAACUUCAACUGCAGCAUCACCUACAACAACAACUGCAGAUGCUUCCACAACCACAGGUGCAGCACUUACUACAUCAAUCUCAACUGCAGGUCCUACUACCAUUUUGACUACUAAGACAAUCACAACUGAAUCUCCUACAGAAAUCACAACUGUAGCUCUUAUGACCCCCACAAUUGCAGCUUCUACUUCAACAACUGUUGCUCCCACGACAACAACUGCAGCAGCUCCUAUAACAACAACUGUAGCUGCUUCCAUAAACGCAACAGCAGCACCUACUACGUCAAUCACAACUGCAGGUCCUACUAACAUUUUAACUCCAACGACAAGCACAACUGAGGCUCCUAUAGACAUCACUACUGUAGCUCCUAUGCCCCCCACAAUUGCAACUUCAACUACAACUGUAGCAUCACCUACAACAACAACUGCAGAUGCUUCCACCACCACAAGUGCAGCACCUACUACAUCAAUCCCAACUGCAGGUCCUACUACCAUUUUGACUACUAAGGCAAUCACAACUGAAUCUCCUAUAGACAUCACUACUGUAGCUCAUUUGAACCCCACAAUUGCAGCUUCUACUUCAACAACUGUUGCUCCCACGACAACAACUGCAGCAGCUCCUAUAACAACAACUGUAGCUGCUUCCAUAAACGCAACAGCAGCACCUACUACGUCAAUCACAACUGCAGGUCCUACUAACAUUUUAACUCCAACUACAAGCACAACUGAGGCUCCUAUAGACAUCACUACUGUAGCUCCUUUGAACCCCACAAUUGCAACUUCUUCUUCAACAACUGUAGCUCCAACGAUCACUACAACUGCAGAAGCUCCUACAACAACAACUGUAGCUGCUUCUACAUUUACUACUGCAUCCCCUACUGCAACCACAACAGAAGCUCCUUCUACAACAACUGUAGCACCAAUGACUUUAGGAACAACAGUCCCAACGACAACUGCAGCUAAUUCCUCAACUGUAGCUCCUUCAAUGCCAAUCCCAACUGCAGCUCCUACAACAACAACUCUUGCUCAUUCGACCUCUACAACUUCAGCACCCACUACUUUAUUCACAACUGCAGGUCCUACUACCAUUUUACCUCCUUCGACAACCACAACAACAUCCACCACAACAACUGUUGCUCCUUCAAUGUCAAUCUCAACUGCAGGUCCUACUACCAAUUUAACUCCAACGACAACCACAACUGAAGCUCUUACAGACAUCACAACUGUAGCUCCUAUGCCCCCCACAAUUGCAACUUCAACUGCAGCAUCACCUACAACAACAACUGCAGAUGCUUCCACAAUCACAGGUGCAGCACUUACUACAUCAAUCUCAACUGCAGGUCCUACUACCAUUUUGACUCCUAAGACAAUCACAACUGAAGCUCCUACAGAAAUCACAACUGUAGAUCUUAUACCCCCCACAAUUGCAGCUUCUACUUCAACAACUGUUGCUCCCACGACAUCAACUGCAGCAGCUCCUAUAACAACAACUGUAGCUGCUUCCAUAAACGCAACAGCAGCAUCUACUACGUCAAUCACAACUGCAGGUCCUACUAACAUUUUAACUCCAACGACAAGCACAACUGAGGCUCCUAUAGACAUCACUACUGUAGCUCCUUUGAACCCCACAAUUGCAACUUCUUCUUCAACAACUGUAGCUCCAACGAUCACUACAACUGCAGAAGCUUCUACAACAACAACUGUAGCUGGUUCUACAUUUACUACUGCAUCCCCUACUGCAACCACAACAGAAGCUCCUUCUACAACAACUGUAGCACCAAUGACUUUAGGAACAACAGUCCCAACGGCAGCUAAUUCCUCAACUGUAGCUCCUUCAAUGCCAAUCCCAACUGCAGCUCCUACAACAACAACUCUUGCUCCUACGAACUCUACAACUUCAGCACACACUACUUUAUUCACAACUGCAGGUCCUACUACCAUUUUACCUCCUUCGACAACCACAACAACAUCCACUACAACAACUGUUGCUCCUUCAAUGUCAAUCUCAACUGCAGGUCCUACUACCAAUUUAACUCCAACUACAACCACAACUGAAGCUCUUACAGACAUCACAACUGUAGCUCCUAUGCCCCCCACAAUUGCAACUUCAACUACAACUGUAGCAUCACCUACAACAACAACUGCAGAUGCUUCCACCACCACAAGUGCAGCACCUACUACAUCAAUCCCAACUGCAGGUCCUACUACCAUUUUGACUACUAAGGCAAUCACAACUGAAUCUCCUAUAGACAUCACUACUGUAGCUCCUUUGAACCCCACAAUUGCAGCUUCUACUUCAACAACUGUUGCUCCCACGACAACAACUGCAGCAGCUCCUAUAACAACAACUGUAGCUGCUUCCAUAAACGCAACAGCAGCACCUACUACAUCAAUCCCAACUGCAGGUCCUACUACCAUUUUGACUACUAAGGCAAUCACAACUGAAUCUCCUAUAGACAUCACUACUGUAGCUCCUUUGAACCCCACAAUUGCAGCUUCUACUUCAACAACUGUUGCUCCCACGACAACAACUGCAGCAGCUCCUAUAACAACAACUGUAGCUGCUUCCAUAAACGCAACAGCAGCAUCUACUACGUCAAUCACAACUGCAGGUCCUACUAACAUUUUAACUCCAACGACAAGCACAACUGAGGCUCCUAUAGACAUCACUACUGUAGCUCCUUUGAACCCCACAAUUGCAACUUCUUCUUCAACAACUGUAGCUCCAACGAUCACUACAACUGCAGAAGCUCCUACAACAACAACUGUAGCUGCUUCUACAUUUACUACUGCAUCCCCUACUGCAACCACAACAGAAGCUCCUUCUACAACAACUGUAGCACCAAUGACUUUAGGAACAACAGUCCCAACGACAACUGCAGCUAAUUCCUCAACUGUAGCUCCUUCAAUGCCUAUCCCAACUGCAGCUCCUACAACAACAACUCUUGCUCAUUCGACCUCUACAACUUCAGCACCCACUACUUUAUUCACAACUGCAGGUCCUACUACCAUUGUACCUCCUUCGACAACCACAACAAUAUCCACUACAACAACUGUUGCUCCUUUAAUCUUCUACUUCAACAACUGUUGCUCCCACGACAACAACUGCAGCAGCUCCUAUAACAGCAACUGUAGCUGCUUCCAUAAACGCAACAGCAGCAUCUACUACGUCAAUCACAACUGCAGCUCCUUCAAUGCCAAUCCCAACUGCAGCUCCUACAACAACAACUCUUGCUCAUUCGACCUCUACAACUUCAGCACCCACUACUUUAUUCACAACUGCAGGUCCUACUACCAUUUUACCUCCUUCGACAACCACAACAACAUCCACUACAACAACUGUUGCUCCUUCAAUGUCAAUCUCAACUGCAGGUCCUACUACCAAUUUAACUCCAACGACAACCACAACUGA